UCGACGCUGUUACACGCCGGUCGUGUCUCUCUAAUUUCCAGCCCAACAAAAGGUCAAAAGACAGAAAAGAGCUUCCACACACUGAGAGAGAGAGAGAGAGACGACACAGUAGAAAAGUUGCAGCCCAUCUCUCCCCGAUGCGAACCCCUCCAAAAACCCUGCUUUUUAGCAUGCAAUUAUACAUAUAAAAAGUUAUAUACCCAUCUUGAGAGAGAGAGAGAGAGAGAGUAGUGGGAAUAGUGUUCCAACAAAGAGUGAUGGCUGGGUACAGAGCGGAGGAUGACUAUGACUACCUCUUCAAGGUGGUUCUGAUUGGAGAUUCGGGUGUUGGCAAGUCCAAUUUGCUUUCGAGGUUCACUAGGAACGAAUUCAGCCUCGAGUCUAAGUCUACAAUUGGUGUUGAGUUCGCUACCAGAAGCUUGACUGUUGAUGGCAAGGUCAUCAAAGCCCAGAUUUGGGACACUGCUGGUCAAGAAAGAUAUCGUGCCAUCACAAGUGCCUACUACCGAGGCGCUGUGGGUGCACUGCUCGUGUAUGACGUGACACGGCACUCAACAUUUGAAAAUGUCGAAAGAUGGUUAAGGGAGUUGAGGGAUCACACUGAUCCAAACAUCGUUGUCAUGCUGAUUGGUAACAAAUCAGACCUUCGGCACCUUGUUGCCGUUUCAACCGAGGAUGGGAAGUCGUUUGCAGAGAGGGAGUCCCUCAUUUUCAUGGAAACUUCGGCUCUGGAAGCAAUCAAUGUGGACAAUGCAUUUGCAGAAGUCCUCACACAGAUAUACCGCAUCGUCAGCAAGAAGGCCAUGGAGGCUGCCGAAGAUGGAGCAGCAGCAGCAACUGCUGUGCCUUCCAAGGGUGAGAAAAUUGAUGUGGGUCAAGAUGUUUCGGCCUUGAAGAGAGUUGGAUGCUGCUCAAACUAGGGUUUUGAUCCGAAAUUGAUUGCUUUAAUGUGAUGCGGCUGGUUUGUUUUGCCGCAUGAUCUGCUCGUGUAGAAUUUUUGCAAAAGAUGGUGGCUACAUUAGGAGGAAAGCAGGGAAGGGAUUGCUUUGUCUAUUCGAUAUAUAUUCUUUUGAUUGAGCCAGACCUAUUUCUAUUUGUCAUCUAAUCUAUGGUCAAAGUAGAGCUUCAUUAGGAAUUUCUCUCCAUUGCUUUGGUUCUCUUGGUGGCUACUGGCUAGGAUAUCGCCUAGUGGUAGGUUGGUGGUACUAUUAGGGAGCUUCUUCUUGUUUUUAAGUUGGACUCUCAUAAGUAAGUUUUAGCGUCUCUUAUACUC